AUGUUGCUGGCACUCGCUACAGCGAUAGUAAUUCCGACAUUGGCAUUGGGAAAUAAACUUCCAGCCGGAGUGUCUCCCCAAAAUGCGUCUUUAUACGCACCCAUAACCUCAACUAGUCCUGCGACAUGGAAGUGCCUUGACGGCUCUAAAACCAUCUUAUAUUCUGCAAUCAAUGAUGACUUCUGUGACUGCCCAGACGGAAGUGACGAGCCAGGUACCAGCGCGUGUCCAAAUGGGACCUUCUAUUGUGCUAAUGAGGGCCACAUUGGCGCGACUAUUAAAAGCUCUCGUGUGAAUGACGGAAUUUGUGAACCUGAAUGCUGCGAUGGCUCCGACGAGCCGAGUGGUGUAUGCCCAAACCAGUGCAAAGAGAUUGGUGAAAAAUACCGUGCUGAAAGAGAGGCAGAACGUAAACUUAGAAAAACGGGAGCCAAAAUCCGGUCAUCAUAUAUUGCCUACGCCAAAAAGGAAGCGGCUCGCCUGCAGGGAGCCAUUAACUCCUUGAAAAAGGAGGUGGAAGAAAAGCGCAUAGAGGAGACACGACUUAAAUCUGCCCUUGAGCAUACUGAAUCGGUAGAUGCUGCUGCAUUAGAGCACCAAAAACAAUCGCCCCUAUAUAAAUCCCUUGUAUCGCACAAUGCUGCCUUGACGUCGCUCCGAAGCAAACAAGCAGACCUUCAGGCUAAACUUGAUACUCUGGAAGAAAUUUUGGCAAACCUGAAACGAUCUUACAAUCCCAACUACCAAGAUAUGGGAGUCCUUGAAGCAGUACGUGGAUGGGAUGCAUACCAUGGAGUUGAACCAGAAUCCGAAUCAACGACCAAACAAGCAGGUACAGACCCACUCGCGACCGAAGCAGAAAUCCUCGAGGCUCAAGCUAAUUCGUAUGUCACAGAAGGAGAUUCAGAACAUGAGCCUGCAAAAGAUCCUGAGCCUGUCAAGGAAGACGAAUGGACUACGGCCAAACUGGACGAGCUUGCUAGGGCUGAUCACGUCGCACUAUUGCUUGAGCAUUCGCGUCACAUCUCAGGCCCACAGAGUGAUAAUGAGAGGGAAAGCAUCUUGGACACUAUUCAGGCAUAUCUUCCAGAUGCUCUGAUCCCAGUUUUCCUCAACCUCAAGACUUGGCUUACUGGCUCCUCCCAAGAGUCUACUGGCGAAACCUCAGAGGCUACAGUCAAUGCACGUAAUGCACACAACUCUGCUGCCGACGCUCUACGGAAAUCUGAGCGCGAGCUAAAGGAUAGCGAAGAAGCUCUCGCCAAGCUUGAGACUGGUGGGUACUUUGGAAAAGAUGGAGAAUGGAAGAAGCUGGACGGCGUGUGUCUUGAAAAGGACACUGGAGAGUACACGUAUAGCGUGUGCCUGUUUGGCUCUGCUACUCAAAAAUCGAAUAGAGACCAUGCAUCUCAUAGCCUUGGCCGCUUCUCUGGGUGGAAUGAUAAGGAAGGAGUGACGCCUGGGUCUUACGACUACUACACACGGCAGUAUUAUAAAGGUGGUGCAAGAUGCUGGAACGGACCCGAGCGAAGUGUUAUCCUCGAUCUUACAUGCGGGACCGAGAAUACGAUCCAAACGAUCGCUGAGCCUGAAAAAUGCGAGUAUCUAUUCACUGGUACAUCGCCUGCGUUGUGCUGGCCACUUGAUGACAAGCAGGAGAAUGAGAAGGACGAGCUUUAUAUUGGACCUCCCACUUUUGGUUCAAUGCGAAUAAGCGCGGCCCAAAGUGACCAAUCAAAGUCAUUUCCGACAACCACAUCUAUGACAUCCCAGGCCCGAGCUGCAUAUCGCACCCUACUGAGGGAAGUAAGAAAGUCGUCAAUUUUUCCACGUGCUGAACGUGGCGCGUUCCUAAACAACCAAAUGCAUGCAGUUGCAAACUCGACGGGGCAAACGCCACAAACCUUUCAAAGCCAUGUUUUAAACGCAGCGACAUUUUUGAGGGCCCAACGCGAAUACAAGGUCCUCAUGGAUAGAUACAACCCACUCCAUGGUCUUUCGGUGGAGGAGCAAAGGAAGGCUACAGCUCAUCGGGUUGGUCUGGAACUACCUAAAGAGUUUAAAGAAUGA